CUUCUGGGGAGGACUUUCAGGUCUGCGAGUUGUCCUCUGACUCCUGGCUGCGUUUGUGGACACAGACAUCUUCCCGGAACAAACGUGCUGCCUGACUCCCUCACUGCACAGACACAGUAUCCGGUUCACAGCUGGGCUUGCGUCAGAAUGGACGAACGUCGGACCCACGUGAAAUUCAGUGAAGAGAAACUGAUACCAAAGUCAGACAUCUUAUCACUGCUGAGGACCUACAACUGUUACCAUGAGGGGAAAAACUUCCAGCUGAGGACCCGUGAGGAGGACGGCGGGCUCAUCCUUGAGGGCCUGCUGAACAUCUACUGGGGCCUCCGUCGACCAAUCAGACUCCAGAUGCAUGAUGACAACGAAAGAUUCCGGCUCAACCGGAACGACAGAUGCUCGUUAUCAAAGCAGCCGUCAACCGAGUCAAACAACAACACGCUGAACAGAGAGACUGGACCAGCUGGCGGUGACACGUGUGUGGAGGACGAGGACUCGCCUCAGUUACUGAGAACCAGGAGUGACGCUUCCUUCGUGCGGGUUCACAGGAGGUUAAAGACUCACACUGCCAGAGACUUGCAGCGCCUGCGCACACACAGGUUCUCAAUCAACGGGCACUUCUACAACCACAAGACAUCGGUGUUCACCCCGGCCUUUGGCACAGUCACUAACGUACGCGUGAACAGCUCCAUGACCACCGGUCAAGUCCUCAACCUGCUGCUACACAAGUUUAGGGUGGAGAAUAAAUCUGAAGAGUUUGUGCUUUACUUAGUGCACGAGUCCGGCGAGCGGACCCGUCUGAGGGAGGGCGAGUACCCGCUGGUGGCGCGUGUGCUUUAUGGGCCCUGUGAGAAAAUAUCCAAGAUCUUCAUCAUGGAGUCGGACCUUGGUGAGGAAGUCACGUACGAUGUCGCCCAAUACAUAAAGUUUGAGAUUCCUGUUUUAGACAGCUUUGUAAAGAAACUUAAAGAGGAAGAAGAACGCGAGAUAAAGAAACUGACCAAAAAGUACAGCGCUCUGAAGUCAAUGAUUCUUCAUCAGCUCGAAGGCAGCGCACACACCAGUGACAGAGUAUAGACUGUGUGGGUGUGUGUGUGGCCAGGUCCAACACUAACGAUUGCUGACUUACUAUUGGACCAUUUCCAGAUAUUGUCGUGAAUGUAGCGAUAAAGUUAAGCGUAGAGGCAGUAACAGAGCCAUAUGAACCACCUCAUGCCUUCUGCCUUUAGAAUGACACCUGUUUGUAUGUUACAUUUACUACUACUGUUUUGAUAACUCUGCUAUGAAUGUUUUUGUAUCAUGAGUAUGACUGAAUAUGAAUAUUUAUACAAGCUGUUUUGGUAAUGUUUGACUCAGACCUUUAAUAAAUCCGUUUCAAAAUGA